GGAUUGUGGCAGUAAAUCGGGGCGAGUGGGGAACCCGGUGCAGGAACUGUCGCCGCGGCCGGGAGCGGGGCUGCCAAGACGGGGGCCCUCGGCGGCCCGAGGGGCGAAGGACACGAGGGCUGACAGCGCGCACCUGGCCCACGGCCGGUAGGAGGGGAGAGUUCUAGCUACUGAGAAGAGAACUCGUGGAGCUGGAGCCCCACAGAUCACCCGUGAAAAUGAAGGCGGCUGACGAGCCUGCCUACCUGACCGUAGGCACGGACGUCAGUGCCAAGUACCGGGGUGCCUUCUGCGAGGCAAAGAUCAAGACGGUGAAGAGGCUGGUGAAAGUCAAGGUACUCCUGAAACAGGAUAAUACAACCCAGUUGGUGCAAGAUGACCAAAUCAAGGGUCCUUUAAGAGUUGGAGCAAUUGUUGAAACGAGAGCGCCUGACGGGUCCUUUCAGGAAGCCGUUAUCAGCAAGUUGACAGAUGCUAGCUGGUAUACCGUGGUGUUUGAUGAUGGUGAUGAGAGAACCCUGAGACGAACCUCUCUCUGCCUGAAAGGGGAGAGGCAUUUUGCAGAGAGUGAGACACUUGAUCAGCUUCCGUUAACAAAUCCAGAGCAUUUUGGAACUCCAGUAAUUGCAAAGAAGACAAACAGAGGAAGGAGGUCCUCACUUCCUGUUAACGAGGAUGAGAAGGAGGAAGAAAGUAGUGAAGAGGAAGAUGAAGAUAAGCAACGUCUCAAUGAUGAGUUGUUAGGAAAAAUUGUGAGAGUGGUUUCUACACCUGAGAGGCCUGAAUGGUACCCUGCUUUGGUGGUCUCUCCCAGCUGUAAUGAUGACAUCACAGUGAAAAAGGAUCAGUGUUUAGUUCGAUCAUUUAUUGAUUCUAAAUUUUAUGCUAUAGCGAGGAAGGAUAUUAAAGAAGUAGACAUUCUCAAUCUGCCGGAAUCUGAACUCUCUGCUAAACCAGAGCUGCAGAAAGCGAGUAUCUUCUUAAAAGCUAGAGUUGUUCCUGACAAUUGGAAAAUGGAUCUAAGUGAAAUCCUGGAGUCGUCCAGUAGUGAUGAUGAAGACGGCCCAGCUGAAGAAAACGAUGAAGAAAAGGAAAAGGAAACCAAAAAGGAAGAAGAGGAGGUGCCUGAGGAAGAACUUGAUCCUGAAGAGAGGGACAACUUCCUCCAACAGCUUUAUAAGUUUAUGGAAGACAGAGGCACUCCAAUCAACAAACCACCUGUUUUGGGAUAUAAAGAUCUCAAUCUCUUCAAACUUUUUAGACUGGUUUACCAUCAGGGUGGAUGUGACAAUAUUGAUAGUGGUGCUGUAUGGAAGCAAAUUUAUAUGGACCUCGGCAUUCCAAUUUUGAAUUCAGCUGCUUCCUACAAUGUAAAAACUGCUUAUAGAAAGUAUCUCUAUGGUUUUGAAGAGUACUGCCGUUCUGCAAAUAUUCAAUUUAGAACCAUUCACCACCAUGAACCAAAAGUAAAAGUAGAAAAAAAAGACUUAGACGAAUCCAUGGAAGAGGCUCUAAAAGUAGAUCAAGAAAUGCCUUUGAUAGAAGUAAAGAGUGAACUGGAGGAGACUACUGAUUCAAACAGUGAGAGUGAAAGAGAAGAGCUCGAAUUAAAGUCUCCACGGGGACGAAGGAGAAUUGCUCGAGAUGCAAAUUCAAUUAAAAAGGAAAUUGAAGAAGAGAAAACAGAAGACAAAUUAAGAGAUAAUGAUUCAGAAAAUAAGGAUGUAGACGAUGACUAUGAAACUGCAGAGAAAGAAGAAAACGGGCUAAUAUUGGGGAGAAAAAAUACACCAAAGCCAAAAGAGAAGAAAGUCAAAAAGCAAGAGGGCUCCGACCGAGACUCAGAGGGAGAGGAAGAGAAGAACCAAGAGAGGGAAGAAACAGAGAGCAAGUGUGACUCUGAAGGGGAAGAAGAUGAGGAAGACACGGAACCCUGUCUAACAGGAACCAAAGUGAAAGUGAAAUAUGGACGAGGGAAAACUCAGAAAAUCUACGAAGCCAGCAUUAAAAGCACUGAAAUCGAUGAUGGAGAAGUUUUAUACUUAGUACAUUAUUAUGGAUGGAAUGUCAGGUAUGAUGAGUGGGUGAAGGCUGACAGGAUCAUCUGGCCUUUGGACAAAGGUGGACCAAAGAAAAAACAAAAGAAGAAAGCUAAGAAUAAAGAAGAUAGUGAAAAGGAUGAGAAGAGGGAGGAAGACAGGCAGAGGACGAAGCGUGGGCGGCCCCCUCUGAGAUCCAGCCUGCCCUCGGGCGUGCCCUUUGGGCUGCCCACAGCAGUGCACAGCGAAGGGAAAUCAGACUCUUGUUCAUCUGAUAGUGAAACAGAAGACCCUUUAGAAAAGAGUUUGAUAAAUGAAGAACUUUUUCCUGAUAAUAAAGAAGAAUUAGAAAAAAAUGAAAAUUUAAAUGAUGACAAACUAGAUGAAGAAAACCCAAAGAUAGCUGGACAUAUGGUAAAAGAAAAUGACAGAGUAGCAGUGCAGCCUUUAGAAACCCUGCAGCUGGAAGUUGGAGAGAAUGAACAAAUAGUACAGCUUUUUGGAAACAAAAUGGAACAGGGGGAGGAAGUGAAAAAGGAGGCAGAAAAAUCUCCAAAAGGCAAGGGAAGGCGAAGCAAAACAAAAGAUAUUUCUUUAGAAAUUAUAAAGAUUUCAUCAUUCAGCCAGGGUGACACAGGAAGUGAGCCUCAUGUAGAAGCUCAUAGUCUUGAAUUUUCUUCAUUAGACAGUAAAAACUUCUCCUCUGCUGCCGGAGAUGAAAUCGACCAGUAUGGGAAAGAAAGGAAGUUGAAACGGAAAAUACUAGGACACUCAUCACCUGAGAAGAAGCUAAGAAUGGAGAAUGGGAUGGGAAUGACGAACAGCGUUUCUCAGGAGAGGACCAGUGACUGUAUUGGAUCCGAGGGGAUGAAGAGCUUGCGUUUGGAACAGCACUUUGAGCCGGAGAAUGAAGGGAUGCCGUCCUUGACAGCCGAGGCCGGCCAGUGCAGACAGGAGUUGGCCUGUGAGGAGCUCGAGCACCACACCAAAGAGACUGCCAGCACGCCCCUCAAGGAGGAGGACGCCAUGCCGCUGAUUGGCCCCGAGACCCUGGUUUGCCACGAGGUGGACCUGGAUGACUUGGAUGACAAGGACAAGCCGGGCACCGAGGACAUGGCCGUGCAGAGCUCCGAGGUCAGCUCUCUGGUCUCUGUGCCCCACGCGCUCCUGCCCACCAGCCAGCACGACUUAGCAGCAGCAUCGCCGCUGGGCCUGAGUCAGGAUGAGUCCCGGAGCGUGCGGAGCGAGAGCGAUGCCACCGUUGAGGUGGACAGCACGACCGAGGAGUCCCCGGAGGGUCCCAGUGAGCGAGAGCGCCCUGUGGCCAGCAGCUUCGAGGCCAGCUCAGGCCCUGCUGCCUGCAGUUUAAGUGCACAAGAGAGAGAGAGCAGAGAGAAGGGUCACAAAAGGCCAAGUGACGGAAAUGGUGGAUUAAUGGCAAAAAAACAAAAGCGUACCCCGAAACGAACAAGUGCUGCGGCCAAAAGGGAAAAGAAUGGAGCAGGACAGAGCAGUGAUAGUGAAGAUCUUCCUGCCGUAAACAAUUCAAGUAAAUGUACUCCAGUUAAGCAUCUUAGUGUAUCUAAGCCACCAAAGCUUGCUCGGUCUCCUGCCAGAAUCUCUCCUCACAUCAAAGAUGGAGAGAAAGAGAAGCAAAGAGAAAAGCAUCCCAAUUCCUCCCCCAGGACGUAUAAGUGGACCCUUCAACUCAAUGAAUUAGAUAACAUGAACAGUACAGAAAGAAUCUCUUUUCUCCAAGAAAAACUACAGGAAAUCAGGAAAUACUACAUGUCUUUGAAGUCUGAAGUUGCAACCAUAGACAGGCGCAGAAAAAGAUUAAAAAAGAAAGACAGAGAAGUGUCUCACGUUGGGGCCUCCAUGUCAUCAGCUUCAUCAGACACUGGAAUGAGUCCCUCAUCAUCAUCCCCCCCCCAAAAUGUCCUUGCUGUAGAAUGCAGGUGAUAAACAUUUCCUCUGCCUUGCUGCCAUGGACAUAACUUCCCAAAUCCCAACAGACAACCACAGAAAGCACUCAACUGGUUUGACAUUGCUAAGUAGAUCCUGUAUGCUUCCCCAGGCUGGAUUGUUAUCUAUUUCCUUCUCCCUUCUUUUUGCUUAUUGCAAAAGAUAAGCUGAUAAAUAAUUGAAGGUUAGGCAGCCUGCCAUAUUUGUCAAAAUUCCCCUCUUCAUUUUUUGUUUUUCUUUUUUUCUUUUUUUCAUUUUUGUGAUAUAGAAAAAAGGGCACUUAGCAAAUUUGAAUUUGUAUAAUAAAGCUUUCAGGUGUUAAUGAAAUCGUAGACAAGCAAGUGCACAUGAUAAACAUCAAAUAUUACCCAGCUGAAUAGUUACUGCUGCACUUUCCCUAACAUGUAUUUGGACACUUGGUGAGUAGGGGGUUUAUGUUUUGUGUUUUUUAUUGUUGCUGAGUUGUUUUUUUUUUUAGUGGAAGCACUUGCUCUUUAGAACUGCCAAAGUAUACAUUCAGCAGUGUGCCCGGGUUUAAAGGUGUAAAUGGGACAAAAUAAAUUGUGAAAGGAAGUGUAGUUAACUGAAAACUACAGUUGUAAUAAGUCUUCCACUUUUUAUAGGACUUUUGAGCACACAAUUAUGCAAAUAUUUUAAUGUUUAUUAAUGUGUACAGUGGAAUUGUGAAUAAGUUUUCAGUGGACUAUCUUAUCCCUUGACAAAAAUAUUUUGUCUUUUUUCUAUGUAAUUUCAGAGUUUUUAUUUUGUUACAAAAAUACAAAAAUGAAAUAUAUAACAACAAUGAAGCUAUUUAACAAGAUUUCUAAAGCUGAAAUUUUUGUGUAAAAUAAGGUAUUAUCUUGCAACUUGUUAAAUAUAUUUAUUCAGACAUUGGAUGUUGUAUUUUUAUGUAUUUUUAAAAAUAUUAAUAAAAUGGAAAAAAAGACAAUUCUAGGUUAAUUCACUCUUUGGAUGACACUAGCUCUCAGCUGCCCCCUUUCCAGGAGGGUAUAUCUAGCAGCCCCACCUGUGCAAGGGACAUGUGUCUCCGUCCUUCAGAACAGAGCUGUAAAUGGGCAUCUGGAUCAUUAGACUAGGUCCUUACUUAGAAACUUUGGCAGUCCUAGUAUUUAAACUGUUUUGAGGAUCAAAGUUUUGGUUGCCCUUAAAAUGCUUUGUCACAGUUUUUAUGUUUGCUAUACUGCCGAAUAAAUUUUAUCUCCCAAAGUUGAGAUGCAACAACUAAGUAAAGCAAUUAUGUAUGCUUUGUCUGUGAAUUGUUUCACAGACUGAUACAUCUUGUAAAUAAUUCUCCCAAAAUCAUGUAUUUAAAGCAGUUUUGCAUAUACAUUAUGUAAAAAGGUGAUUUUUUAAAGAACAAUUUUUAAAUUCAUGUUUAUACAUUGAGAGGGUUUUUUAAACCUCCUUUUCUGUGUUUCAUAUGCUGUAGAGUAAUAAUCUAGAUGCUCUAGACUGUAUAUCAGGAUUUGAUUUACAAGAACAAAGAGCUAACCCUAGUGAUGGCGCAUAGCAUUGCUGAUACCAUUGUUUCUUAAUUUCAUUUUACCAUAUUGUGAAUUUGUGAUUCAGAUUCUUUCCAUCUUCUCAGAGAAUUAAAAACAAAAAAGUACCCCUGUAAAAUGCACUUUUCUGUCUUUUCUUUGCAAAGCAGAAGUAUUUCAAUGUAAAAUAAAAAUGAAGCUCAGCAGUCAGUAUUAAUAAAGGCCAUGUUUUAAACA